AUGGAGUGUGUAUGCGUAUCUGCUAGCGAUGGACUGUUCGGCGAGUGUGUCUCUCCAACGGAUCGGACGUUCGUGGCUGUGGAUGGAGGUGAUACUUUUACGAUUGGAAUAUUGGCUGACAGUGGGGAAGUGGUUGGAUGGGGACGAGCGUUCUACGGCGAGUUGCCAGAGGAGCUCGUGCACAUGAAGCAAUGCAAAGCAGUGGCUUGCGGCUCAAACCACGUCUUAGCUCUGACAGAUUCAGGUCACGUGGUGGCGUGGGGGUGGAACAGGUCGGGUCAAGUCGCAGCAACAGCAACAGAAAAACAAAUUGUGCGUGUUCCGAUGGCCGUGGAGUUUCCUAUUGCACCGCAACGCAAUGUGCCUGUGCAGAUUGUCGAGGUAGCUGCUGGAGGGAUGCACUCGAUGGCACUUGACACCUGUGGCCGAGUCUGGGCGUGGGGAUGCAAUGUGUAUGGACAAUCGGGAACUGGCUCAGAUAUGAAGAAAGUGGACGUGCUAUCACAUGUUGCACUGCCAUCCGAAGUCCAUGUCAAACAUAUUGCAGCAGGGUGGGCCCACAGUGCGCUAAUCUCUACGACAGGCGAGGUGUUCACUUUCGGUUGGGGGCUGUACAACCAGCUUGGCCACGGCUCCCCUCAAAACGAGCUUCGUCCUGUUAUCGUUGAUGCUCUUCGAGGACUUGACAGUGACGUCGUGCAGGUUGCGUGCGGCAAUUGGCACACAGCAGCACUGACAGCGUCCGGUGACCUGUACACGUGGGGCUGGGGUAAGGAUGGUCAAUUGGCUCAUGAAGCUUCAGUCUCGAUGCAAGUGAUUCCUCGGGUCGUGAGCGUAUUAUCAAGUCCAGCGGCGAGCGACGACGCCAAGGACGUGAUGGCCGUCGCGUGUGGCAACCGCUACACCUUGGCAGCGUGUCGAGACGGUUCCGUCCAGUGGUGGGGCCAAAAGCCAGCAGGAUUUGAGUUACACGGUAUUGUGACCUGUCCGGAAUCACCACAACAUACAGAGUGGCUACCUCAGAACGGACGUCAUGUGCGCAAGCUCGCAGCUGGCAACUCGCACGCUCUUAUACUGCUAGAAAAAGAGCACGAACAAGAAAUAUUGAAGGCACAAAGUAACAAUGCGCAACCACGGCAUGUUGUUUCACGUUGA